ACUAAGAGCUAUGUUUUGGGACAAGCUAAUCUGCCAGAGAGCUGUGUAAGAAGCAGAGCACAUUGUGUGUAUGCGAGUGAAAGAUAAGGGAGCAAUCCUUACGAGCACGACUGCUUGUUUUUAAUGUGCUGACUCUGGGGAGAUAACAUAUUGACUCUCUCUCUGUCUCUCCCUGUGUCUCUCUUUCUAGUCGUGUGUUGAGAGACCCUGGGCAGAAAGUCCUGUGCUGACAGAGGCAGACAACGACAGCGGAGGGAAAAGAAAUAAAUAAGGAUUUCAAUUUUUUUUUGUGUGUGUUUCUUUCUUUCUUUUUUUUUUUAGAAGUUUUUUUUUCUUUUUCUUGGAUUGUCCUCCCCCUCCCUUUUCCAAAAGAAAGAAAAAGGAAAGCCACCCUUUACAGCAAAGAUGUUUGAGAUCAGCCGCACGUUGAACGCUGCUUUGUUAAGCAAUGAGGGCUCGACAGAGACACAGUGGCGUCAGGGGGAACUCCCACAGCUGCAGGGCUGGGCAGAGAAGGGGAUGCUGACACAGCCAAAGAUGAUAAUCAGCAACAUGGAGCCUCAGGUGACGAAUGGGCCGACUGCCACCACAGCCAACGGGCCCUCCAGUAACAGCCGCAGCUGCUCCUCCCCCAUGCAGUCCGGCGGCCUCGCCGACGACAGCAAGACCAACCUCAUCGUCAACUACCUGCCCCAGAACAUGACGCAGGAGGAGUUCCGCAGCCUGUUCGGCAGCAUUGGAGAGAUCGAGUCCUGCAAGCUCGUCCGGGACAAGAUUACAGGGCAGAGUUUGGGCUAUGGCUUUGUGAACUACAUCGAUCCAAAGGAUGCAGAGAAAGCCAUUAACACAUUAAACGGACUUAGACUUCAAACUAAAACUAUUAAGGUGUCCUACGCCCGGCCCAGCUCAGCCUCUAUCCGUGAUGCUAACCUGUAUGUCAGCGGCCUUCCCAAAACCAUGAGCCAGAAGGAACUGGAGCAGCUCUUCUCCCAGUACGGACGCAUCAUCACGUCACGCAUCCUGGUAGACCAGGUCACAGGCCCCUCAGGUGCCUCCCGGGGCGUGGGGUUUAUCCGCUUUGAUAAGAGGAUAGAGGCAGAGGAGGCCAUCAAGGGGCUGAAUGGACAGAAACCCUCGGGCGCCGCUGAACCAAUCACUGUCAAGUUCGCCAACAACCCCAGCCAGAAAACCAGCCAGGCCCUCCUCUCCCAGCUCUACCAGUCCCCAAACCGGCGGUACCCCGGCCCCCUGCACCACCAGGCCCAGAGAUUCAGGCUGGACAAUUUGCUUAAUAUGGCCUAUGGCGUAAAGAGGUUCUCUCCCAUCACCAUUGACAGCAUGACCAGUCUGGUGGGCAUGAACAUCCCCGGACACACCGGGACUGGCUGGUGCAUCUUCGUCUACAACCUGUCUCCAGACUCGGACGAGAGUGUGCUGUGGCAGCUCUUUGGGCCCUUCGGAGCGGUCAACAACGUCAAGGUCAUCCGUGACUUCAACACCAACAAGUGCAAAGGCUUCGGCUUCGUUACCAUGACGAACUACGACGAGGCGGCCAUGGCCAUCGCCAGCCUGAACGGCUACCGUCUGGGUGACAGAGUCCUCCAAGUCUCCUUCAAAACCAGCAAGACCCACAAAUCCUGAACCCCACAACACAGCAACUCCACACAGGAAAAAUGAAAGAACUGGGGAUGGCUUAUAAUAUAACUUUGGACCUAUAAGCCAAUGUUGCCUAAGUAUUAAAAGAAAAAUAAUAAUUUGGAAGCCCUGUGAUUGUAACAGGAUAUUUUUUUUUUUAUGUACACAGUAGCAAAACCGGUCCCCCUAAUUUCAAAGACGUGAAUGUCUUUUCUUAAGAUUUGCGUUUUGUUCUAGACUUUGUGGGUAUUCUUCCUACCCAGAUUGGCCGUCUUCUGAUAAACAACUUUCUUGAAAGGGGGGGGGGGGAGGGUGUCUCCUCUUAAAAAAACAGUUGACCGUUAAUUGAAUAUAUUGUUGUUUUUUUUUAAGUAGUUGACCGUUAAUUUAAUAUAUUGUUUGUUUUUUAAGUCCGGUAAAUUGGUAAACUACCCCAUUUUAAAGUCAAAGUGAUGACACAACAAAUGUUUCCUUUGUUAAAAAGGAAAAACAUACAUUUUUCUUUUGUAUUGCAAACAAAACACAUGUUUUUCCUCACUUGGGGUGGGGAAAGGGAGAGGGGUGGGUUCAGUUUCCUGAUCUGAUGACAUACGGAACGAUUUUAAAAACACUGUUGCCAAAGAGAAGAUCUCUUUGCUUGAAAAUGGGUUUCGAAAAAAGAAAAAAAAAUCUAUUUUUAUAAAUAAAAUAAAAAAAUUAUUGAAGAAUUUUUACAAGAAUCUGGAUAAAAAAAAUAAUAUUUUGACUGGCUAAUGUAGGGGGGAAAAAUUGCCAACUUGUUCAUUCUGCAGUGGUACUUUUUAAGAUCAAGGUUGUGUGUUUUUGAAAAAAUCGGAUUGCCGAUUUUGUUUUGUAGACGGAAGGUUUUAUCAAGUGAAAAUAAAAAAUGCAGGCAGGUGAUCUUCUUCAUAACUUUUCAUAGAAUGUAAUUAUAAUUAUAAAGGGAAAAUAGAAGGGUUUUCCUAGCCCAAGCAGUUCCGCAGAGUCCAGAACCCUAAAGCAAGGAGAUGCAUUGUCAGCGGAUUUUCUUUCAGUCAUCAGUAUAUGGGAUAUCAGUAAUAAAUAUAUCAAUUAAUAUUUUUUUUUCUUGUUUCAAUUCCUUAAUAUAAAAAUAAUAAUAAAAACCUUCCUUUUAGUUCAGCGGUAGGUGCUAUAUUAUAUAACAUGAUUUACAUAUCUUAAAUAUCCAAGUUCGUUGUUCUAUGUGUUGUUUAGAGGUACUUCGAUGUUCACAUUGAAUUGAGCUGCUGGUUUUUUUUUUUGUUUUUUUUUUAUUCGACUUGUAGCCCCCUGGCCUUUUAUUUUCUGAAAGUAUUGCGAAAGUUGAAAGGCAGAAUAAAAGGGGCAUGUUAGUAUCACUUAACAAGUUUUGUUUGGCGUACUGACUUUUAGUUUAAGCGUUGGUUGUGAUGCAUUCGGUCAGAAUCAUAUAAUUAGCUAGUUUUGUUAGUCUAGGUAUUUGUUUACUCAAAAAGGAGCUUCUAGAAAAGGUGCAGCUGUGUCUUUAUUUGUUGUGUACGAAUAAAUAUAUAUAGUCUCAUUUUUUUAAUAUAUAUAUAUAUAUAUAUUUAAAAUAAGUUGUCACUGGUUUUAUGUUUUAGCUUGUCUUUUCAUAUGAGAACUUUAAAAGUGAUUUAUUAAGUUACUUAGAAAACUUGUGAGCAAAUCUCGUUUAAUAUGUUGUCACGUCACUUGUGAAUAUUUUUGGGGUUUAUCUUUCCUACCGCCGCGGAAGAACCCAAAUAAAGCUAUUUAUUUAUAGAUUUAUUUAUUUAUUUUAUUUAUUUUCUCUGUCGUCUGUGUUUUGCGUGAUUCUGGUAUGGGGGGGGAUGUUUACGAGCUAAAGGGAACAAAUCGACUGGAGGGGGAGGCUCUCCUUUUAGUCCAGUGCACUGAAAACUUUUAGUACGUUUGUGCUUUGUACCAAUAUAACUAAAUAAACAUUUAAAAUGAUGGGAAAAAAAAGGUGGAGAGGGUUGGUGACGCUCUUCCCUGGUUACUAGAAGCUGUUACUCGCUAUGCAUAACCUAGUUGAUAGUUGAAUUUGCUAUUGCUUUUUUGUCUUGUUAAAAUCUUUCAAUCUUUUUCAAUAAAGUUUAGUCUUACUAGAAUGUUAACAGUUGUUCUGGUUCAAUAUAACCUGUGCUGAGUUUGUGUAUUUUAAAGCUAGUCCUCUCUUCCUCUUCCCCUUCACACCACACUUAAGCUCACAAAACAUCUUGAAGAGAAGGAAACUCAUUUGGUUACAUGGCAGUUUUCAUCCUCGGUGUAGCGUACAGACUGGUGUUGCAAUCCAGGUUAAAUUAAUAUAAUUAGUAGACAAAAAUCAGGAUAACAAUGCACUAGAACAGAACUCUUUUUUUUCAAUAUUUAAAAAAUUGAUAUAUUUGUCAGUAAGUAGAAAUUGGGAUUCAGAAAUACGAGUUUAGGAUUAGUUUAGUAUUUUGAGCCCUUUAUCCCAGGUGAAUAUUGAAAUGUAGGACAUUAUUUUUUUUAGUAGUCACCUGACCAGGAGCUCCGCAGAAGCUGUUGUGGCUCCUGCGGCAAAUUGAACUAGUUUCAUUUGAUAGUCCCCUGUAACAAACCGUAACUCAACUUAUUUAACAGAAUCGCUGUUUGGGCACUCUUAAUAGCCACAGAGCUGCUUGUGUUAAGCCUCUUCAGUGCAAGUGCAUACCUCAUAGCGGAUAGACCAGUGUAUCCAUGCUAUCCAUGUGCAUCUGUGUGUAUCAGUAACAAAUGCUUUGAAAUAUUUGGGACUGCAUCACGUACCAGUAGCGCUUUUAAAAUGCUACAGUAUAUUAAUAUUACAGUGUGGUUCAGGGUUACCCACCUGCAGAAUCUGAAUCGCUAGUGUUUGUGUGGGGUUUGGGGGGGGUGGCUCUUGUCAUUUUAAUUUUCUUCUGAAAUGUGUUUGUUUAAUAUCUGAGAAACUAGAAAACCUUUCACUGGACCAGACAGGUCUGUCCGACUUGAGUUAUUCUUAUUAUUAAUCUAAUUACUGCGAUGAAUGACUUCAUGUUAUCCUUGCUAGUUUAGAUCAUUUCUGAAACUGGAAAAAAAAAAAAAAAAAAAAAAAAAAAAAAAAACCUUGCUGUAAAUGUUUUUUCAUUAAACUGUUGUGUUUGAAUUAUUUGUACUUUUGAAUGUCGGGACAAUAAAAUGAGGUGUUGAGA